GUGAUGUUGAAGGUGAUCGCGAAUUCGGAUUCGGUUGUCCAGGAAAUGUUUAAAAUUCUGAUUUUCCGAGGAGGCGAAUGCGUCCUGUAAAGUGAAACCAACGAAGAGCGGAUGGCCAGUGCUCAUUACACACAUCACGGCUUCUCCCUAGUUUUGUGGUCCGCUCUUGCGGGGGUCAAAAGAGCCGUACAAAGGCUAGGACAGGCCAUAGGCCAGCCGGGGGCCUCCCGGCUUGCCCGAGUCCAGGCGGCUGUGCGAAUCGAUGGGACAACGAAUGACGACGACACUCAGAGACAG